AAUUUUUUUUAAUAUCAUAUUUAUACAAAAAAGCGAAUAAAAAGAGAUCUAUGAUACGCAGUGGGUGUAUUAUGAUAAAAUGUACGGCUUUCGCAACUUAUAACCGCGCAUACUUUUAUCGCUUGCUCGUUCGCUUUCGAACGACUUCCGUGUAAUGACGAGAACACGCAGCACACACCCGGCGUAUAGUCAGUGUUUUAAACGGCGGUCGUUGGAUCGAUUUUUCCUCUGCCACCUGUGUACUGUCACACAGUCGACCGCACACUCAUACAUACAUAUGGAAAGGUAAAAGCUGUACGAAGCUAAUGGCAAGGUGAAGCCGAGCUCGCAGUACGCCGCGCAAUUCGGUAGCAAAGGGCUGCCGCGUCAUCGGGAACUUCGCUUCCGCCUGUGCUCACGCACAAUUAAAAAUAAACGUGAAAUAAAUGGACUGCGUAUCGACGAUCACGGCUGUUAUUUGCGCAUUCGUGUUAUUUCUAUGUGCGAUUUCUAAAACAAAGGAAGUUCCCGCAUUUUAAUUUAUUGCGGGUACGAGUGACGCAAUUACCUCCGGCACAGGCAUCGAGACAUACCACCUGUUCAUCGGACGCGGAAAAACACACGUUUGUGACGUCAAUCGCAUAACUUAAGUAUACGUUCGAAGAAAAGCGAUGACCGUUUGUAUAGAAAGUAUAAAGCGAAUUUAGUAGGCAUCGAGAAACGUUCCCUUUCCGGCACGAAAGUUCUUCGAGAAGUCACUGAUAAGACAGAUUACAGAAUGAUAGAAGUUUCACUUCUAAACGAUGAAAUUUAAGAAACGAACUUUAUCCCUUUAAUUGUUUUCGUGUCUUAUAUCGAUAUAAAAACGUUGAGGGGUGAACUCGUGGAAGAUUUAUCGUCGGCAGAAAAUAUGAUUAUGCUCGCUUCGUGACGCGAGCAACUCACGAAAGACUUUUAUACCCGUGAUUUGCGAAGAUCACCGAUAUCGAUAAAAUCGUCAUGAAGUGGAAGAGAGGGCCAUGUGAAUUUCUGUCGCAGAAAACGUUUCUCAUAAUAAAGGAUGACUUGGAUAUUUCAAAAGAUCCAACUAAGACGACAAACCGCAAGAAGGCAGCGGCAAAAAAUGCAGCGCGUAUCGGCACCUGGCCGCCAAAAAUGAAGCGCGUACAGGUUUUCUGCGAGAAGGAGCCAGAGAGGCCGAAAACGGCGAAUCUUACGAGGCCAAGUGUGCUGGACCCUGCGCUCGUGAAUAAGCUUGACAUGUCGUUGCUCAGUAAGGAAUUGCUCUGCGACUCGAUGACGCGUUUCCAUCAGAAUGGCAAGCCAGUCAGUGGGGGUACGACAUCAUCAUCGUCAUCGUCGUCGCUAUCAUUGCUGUUACCGUCGCCGCCGUCGGCAUCACGACGACGCCAGAGCGCCGUCGUCAACAUCGCGACGACUACCACCUGGUCGUCUCACGACGCUCCAGUGCGUCGUCAGCGACGGAGCUUCGAACAGAUUUACGAGUCGCGGGUCGCAGCGGGUCUAAUGGAAGAAAUUGACAUAUCUCGAUCGCCUACCGCGACGCAGGAGUUUGUGUCCAAACGAAACUCCGACAUCAGAAGGCUCGACGAUAACAAUAACAAAAACAGUCCUCCUAAAGUGCUAUCGAUGGUGAAGAAGAAGAACUCGCGGACCGGUCUAUCAAAUGAUCUGGAAAUAUUCACCUCUGCCUCAAAGACAACAAAAAGUGCGCCAGAGCCUUGCAAGACUUGCGGGCGUCCAGAUCAACCGGAGAGAUUCCACAGUCAUCCUAAGGGCAGUCAGUCCAAAAUCAAGGAUAUCCCAUCGCCGAUGACGAAAUCGAAGCCUACGGUGCCGUCGGUACCAAAGUCCAUUCAGAAGCCGGUGGCGUUGAACUUUCGUAGCGACCGGAACAGGAAUAAACUGGACGAGGCCGAGAACCCGACCAUUCCCCAGAAUCAUCCUUCUCAGGUCUCGAACCAGCAAAGCAGAUCGUUGUCCGCGCCGAUGAAACGAGGUCCCAGGAGUGUCACGUGCUACGUGUGCGGUCGGGAAUUCGGCACUGUCAGCUUUCCUAUACACGAGCCUAAGUGCAUGGAGAAAUGGGAGCGCGAGAAUAAUUUGCUGCCUCCAUCUCAGAGACGGCCCAGACCGCAAAAACCUGAGGUUGGCAUCGAGCACAACGAUUGGAACGCAGCUGCAUGGGAGCAGAGUCAGGAGCAAUUAAUUCCGUGUGCAAAGUGUGGGAGGACGUUUUUGCCUGAACGAUUACCAGUUCAUGAGAGAAGCUGCAAAGCCACGCCUAAGAAUAAUGAACGACUGGCCACUCCAGCGAAUGGGCGUAAUGCACCGCCUACCGUUCCUUGUAGUGUUUGUGGGCGAAGAUUUGGUACUAGAAGCAUAAAGAUUCAUGAGCCUCAAUGCAAUAGGCGAGGGCAAGCCCAGAAUGAUACCAGCCAACAGGAAGAUCCAGCUCUUUACAGGCAAAAAUCAGCCAUUAGUGGACAGGGAAGUUCACAGUCAAUGUAUCCGAAUUUGUCGCAAAAGAAAACAGUUACAUGUUAUAUCUGUGGUCGAGAUUUCGGAUCGUCUAGUAUUGCUAUUCACGAACCCCAGUGCUUGAAGAAGUGGCAUGCCGAAAAUGAUAAGCUAUCGCCGGCUCGAAAAAGAAAGGAGCCGCAAAAACCUGAAAUUAUAUACAUACAGGAUCCCAGCACCGGAAAUAUGAUGGUUGACCAGGCAGCAACAGUCGAGGCCAACUGGAUGACACAUCUGAGCCAACUGAUACCCUGCAAACAUUGCGGAAGAACCUUUAAUCCCGAUCGUGUGAACAUUCAUGAGAAAAGCUGCAAAGGGAAUCGUUAAGAAUCUACCAGUUCUCUCUCACCUUAACGUCAGAAUAUAUUAUAUUAAUCAAGUACCGCUUAUAUUUUUAGAAGUGAUCUGUGUUUUUACAUGGAUAUUAUAAAUAAUAUCGACUUCUGUAACAUAGCGUUCAUGUGGAGAUUUUUAAGUUUUUUUACUUACAACUUAAAACUCGCUUAAAACUUUACUUUUAAAACUCGCUCCUAUUUAGGUUUUUAUUAAUUACGGAUGACGUAUUAUUGAUAAUAUAAUUCGAUUUUCUGUUUUGAGGAAGCACUUAAUUGGAUUGUAAAAGUGAGUGAUAAUAAAAUCAAAGACUAUUGCACCUGUCGUGCACUUUGCAUAAACGCACGAAUGUUGUUAGAUGUUACGAAUCAGUGCAUAAUUAUAACACAAUUUAAGUUUAAUUAAUUACGCAAAUUAAUUAAUAAUUUACUGUAUAUACGUGUCCCGGAGUUAUCAUUAUUUCGGUUCGCGGAUCAUCUCGUCAAUAUUGAUCCUAGAUGUGUUCUUUGUAGUUAUGUUAUAUUCUACAUUUUGUACCUAAAACGAAAUACAAUUAGACAAUCUAGAGAGAAAAGGCAAAGAUGAAAAGUACAAAGAAUUCAGCUACAAGGAAUAAAUAUUUGAACAAAAAACUCAACGUUUCGAGCGAUAAUUCGUAAUAAUGUCUUUGUAAUUGAUUCGAAUGAGUUUUAUAAAAUAAAGUCCAUUUAAAG